AAGGCGGGCGGCGGUUGCCAACGAGACGGACGAUGAUUGACGGUGGACUGCAGCGUGGGCAAUGAGUGCCCCGGUAUCGCCAGGGAAGCGGACUAUGAGUGAUAGCAGCUUGCACAAGUUGCUGGGGUCUCUCUACCCCCGCGUAACCUCUAUCCAGACGUUCAUUGCACAGAUCGAUGAUGUUGCACCACCAGUGUUGGUAGAGGCGUUUGAUACCGAUAACUAUAAGCGUUUUAUCUCCCAACUCAUCGUCUGCGUUCCCAGGGAAGCAAAGCCUCUAUGGCGGCCGGUCACAUUUCAGCAGCUCUCUACGCAGAGCGAUGUGGUUAUGCGAGUCAUUCAAAGGAUUUGUGAAAAGAGGAAAAGAAAUGUGCUAAGUUUUGGUUACAACAAUGCAACUGAAACAAGUUUCAUCCCUGUCAGUUCUACCCUCAACGCACGCAGUUAUCAAAUAAAUACCACCACGGCUGUUAUCAAGACCAGCGUGCUGUGGAAAACGUUGGUGAGCAGGAUUGGGGAUGAUAUCAUGAUGUAUUUGCUGGAGCACUGCUCCCUCUUUAGGCUAGUCCCACCAAGCUGUUGCUUUCAGUUAUGCGGCGUUCCCAUCUAUAGCCUCCUUACAAGUGGUACUCAACUCCAGUCUACCUGGCUCAGGCAGAGGCCAGUGCAAUAUCGGUCCAGCCUUGCACUAAGACGUGCUCAAAAGAAAGUCAGCUUCUAUCAGGAGUUCCUCUCGAAGAGGAGGAAAUGGAAGGAAAGAAUCUCAGGACCUGGAAAUCUAUCAGCGAAAGGACCACCUGGUGCAGAGCGCAGCAAGUGGAAAAUUCGAGAAGCACCAAAUGUUGUCCGAUGCAAAUCUGUAAAGAGGGCAAGACUUGAAGCUGAUAUUGGAAGAUGGACAUCAAACGAUGUGGUCACCAAAAAUGGAAGGUCGCUAAAACGAUUUCUGGACGAUGAUAGAGUGGAGGCUCCUGCAAAGAGGUUAAAAGGAAGCGAGCUGUCAAUACUGAAGGAAAAUAAAAUGACAGGACAUGAAAGAUCGCUUGUGGAAAAUCAGUCCCCUGAGGCAACUGAGCAAUCUGGUGGUAUAACUGAUCAGUCAGGCGAAGGGAUUAUGGACUGGAAUGGAAAAGGUAGUAAUGUUAAUGAAUGUAAAUCAAAAGAUGCCAAAUUCACUUCACUAAUGAGCAGAGUGGAGGAAAAUGUCAGUGCUGACUCCAAAAGGCAGGAUCCAGAGACUGAUGCCAAGGCACGGGAGCUGACUGAAGGCAAAACAAAUGGACAUGUCGUGCAUGGUGUAGAAAUUCUUUCUUCUGACAAAGGUGUUCUGUCCCCUGUAGUUGAAGAGCAGGCUUCAGUAUUCACAGGACUUAAAGCUAAAAACACAGUGGUGCACUAUGAACGUGGAAAGAAUUGUGAUAACUUCACUGUUGCAGGAAUUGGUGAACAGAAUGAAUGUCAGGAAAUAGAAUGUGCAAGAACGAAAAAGUCCAAACAAGAUGGCAGGGAAAUGAGCAAAAAUCAAAGCAGCACCCACAGCACCAAAUCCACCACUGGAGAGAACGUUUACUGCAAUGAUGCCAGUAAAGAUGGACAGUGUCACGCAGAGUUUGGUGGAAUAGUGAAACCUAUAUUCUCUGGGACAUCACUACAUCCUUUUAAAGAUGCUCCUGCAACAAAAAAAAGACCAUGGAGUGAAAUAUAUAUUGAACGAGGGAGUAUAAUGUACUGUAAUAAUAAUGCUGAAUGUUUACCAAAGACAUUUAUAUUAAAUCAAUUGCAGGAUUUUAGCACAGGUGGUCAGAGGCUUGUAGAAGCCAUAUUCUUAAACAGAAAUACAUCAGGGACUAAGAUGGUACAAGUGCAGUAUAGUAAUCGCCGGAGAAGGAAAAAGUUUCCAAAGCGCUACUGGCAAAUGAGAAAUAUUUUCCUUCGACUGUUGAGAAAUCAUAAACGCUGUCCAUAUCUGCAAAUAUUGUCUAGGAAUUGCCAAGUUAACGUUCAGAAAGGACGAAAGGUCAAUAAUACUUCACAUGCUGAGUCAAGCAAUGAGCCAAAUUCCUCUUCUGUUACAAAGAUGGCUUUAGGGCCUUUCAGCAGCUGUGCUGCAGGAUUGAAAUCUAAUAGUCCUGUUGCUUCAAGUGGCCACCUAAUUGAAAAACAGCAACAUGUAUUGGACAAAAGCUUAAAGGAUCAUCUAUCAGUGAGCACUGACCUUCAUGGCCACAACUCUACAACUGGAAGACACUUGGAAGGGUGUACAUAUUCUUGGAGAUCUUCGGAAUGUCCUGGUGUGUGUCCUGAGCAGAGUCAUCCUCCUGAAGAUCCAGCCUCAGAACCAAAAACAGAUGAAAAGAUCAGAACCUCUGUAGACUUGGACCAUAGUGAAAGAUCAAGUAGUUCAGACAAGGAUUUGCUGCGUUUGCUUAAGCAGUACAGCUGUCCACUCCAGGUCUACCGAUUUGUAAGGGAGUGUUUGCUCAAGGUUGUAUCAGAUGAACUUUGGGGUUCAAAUCACAAUAAAUGCCGUUUCCUGAAGAACGUGAAGAAGUUUAUUUCCUUGGGGAAAUUUGAUAAAUUCUCUUGCAGUGAACUGAUGUGGAAAAUGAGAGUGAAUGACUGUAUGUGGCUUCGGCUCAACAAAGCCCAGCACUUUGUCCCUGCCUCAGAACACCAGUUACGUGAAGAUAUCCUGUCCCGCUUCCUAUUUUGGCUGAUGGACAAUUACGUGGUACAUCUGCUCAAGUCCUUCUUUUACAUUACGGAGACAACAUUCAUGAAAAACACACUUUUCUACUACAGGAAAUGUGUUUGGAAAGAAGUGCAGAGGAUUGGUGUUCGAAACCAUCUAGCAAAAGUACAGCUACAACCAAUUUCAUACAAGGAUGUGGAACAGAAACUUCAACAGAAGAGCACAGCGCCACCUUCCAGUUUACGGUUUAUUCCAAAGAAAAAUGGCUUGCGGCCAAUUGUGAAAAUGCGAAAUAUAACAGGACCGAAAAUCUCUGGGAAAAGGCGCAACUUUAACAGGACUCAGAUGAAGGUCCUUUUUGAUGUGCUGAAUUAUGAGCAACAACAGAACCCAGCCCUAAAGAGCUCCUCUGUGUAUGGACUCGAUGACAUUUAUAAAGCAUGGAGGGAGUUUGUGUUACAGAAGUUGAAAGCUGAAAAAGUGAGCGGUGGACGUCCUUAUUAUUUUGUCAAAGCAGAUGUUACUGGUGCCUAUGAUGCUAUUCCUCAUGCCAAGUUAAUGGAAGUCAUUUCGGGCAUACUGGAUCUUGAAGUACCAGAGAACUAUUGUAUACGGCGCUAUGCGAAAAUAUGGGUGGAUGCUGCUGGACAAGUUAGAAAGACUUUUAAAAGACAGGUUUCCACUUUGAUGGAUCUAAUGCCAACCAUGAAGGAGUUUGUGUCCCAUCUACAGCAGAAAGGCUUUCUGCAAAACACAAUACUGGUCAAUCAGGGCUUAACAAUGAAUCAGAACUCUGAAGACGUGUUCACUUACUUCAAGCAAAUGAUUGAAAGCAACAUUAUUAGUAUAGGAGGCAAGUAUUAUGUGCAGUGCUGUGGAAUACCGCAGGGUUCCCUGGUCUCAGCCUUGCUUUGUAGCUUGUGUUAUGGGGAUAUGGAGAACAAGCUCUUCAGUGGAAUUCAAGAGGAUGGGUUGAUGAUGCGAUUGAUUGAUGACUUUUUGCUGGUUACACCACACUUGUUACUUGCUAAAAAGUUUCUAAGAACUCUGGCUGCAGGAAUCCCAGAGUAUGGCUGCUUCAUAAGUCCACAUAAAACUGUAGUCAACUUUCCUGUUGAUGAGGAUCUUCCAGGCUGCAGUACAGCAAGAUCCUUACCAGAACACUGUCUUUUUCCUUGGUGUGGUCUGCUAUUCGACACACAGACACUGGAAGUCUACUGUGACUAUUCCAGUUACGCAAAUAUCUCCAUUAGAUCAAGUCUUACUUUCAACUGUAGUUCCAAAGCUGGACAAAAUAUGAAGAGAAAACUACUGGCUGUUUUGAAGCUGAAGUGUCACCAUAUCUUCCUAGAUCUGGAGGUCAAUACACUGAGAACAGUUGCCAUCAAUGUUUAUAAGAUAUUUCUUCUCCAGGCCUACAGAUUCCAUGCUUGUGUUUUGAGGCUUCCCUUUGGUCAAAGAAUAAAGGACAAUCCUUCAUUCUUCCUUGAUGUCAUCUUUGACAUUGUCACUUGUUGUUAUACCAUUCUUAAAGCUAAAAACCGAGGGAUUUCUUUAGGCUCCAAAGAUGCUUCUGGCCCUUUUCCUUUUGAAGCUUCCCAAUGGCUGUGCUGCUGUGCUUUCACUGUCAAACUGUCCAAUCACAAGGCUGUUUACAAGUGUCUACUGGGACCUUUGAAAACCUGCAAAGCCAAAUUGCAAAAGAUUCUACCACGCUCCACAGUCCUGUUGUUACAGAAUAUAACCCAGCCAUCUCUUCAUCAGGAUUUUGCUGCCAUCUUGGACUAAAGCAGAAUUGGAAAUACUUGGAAUUCAAGGAUCUAGCCAAGAGAUUGAGUUAACACCAAGAUGUUAAUAGAUUUCGCAGCACAUGAACCUUUAAUUGCAGUUGGAGAUUUUUGCAUUAGCCCUACAAUCUACAGCAUUUUAUAAGUGUCUUAUGCUGGUGAAUGUUGAUUUGCUCUAUGCCUCGAUAAGUGGGAAUAUGUGGAAAAGAAUAUUAAUGAUUUGUCACAGGAUUACACAAGUUUAUCGUAAAAGGAAUUUACCUUUAUGCCAAG